AUGGUGGAUCUACUCAACCAGCUUCACAUUCCGGACAACCGUCACUACGAGAAUGUUGCAAGUGGCGAAUAUGGGCGCUUUAGGCGGCGACUGUCACACCUAAAUGGCUCCUCAUCGGCUCUGCCAAACAACACUGAUCUGCCACACAAUGUUGAUCUGGCGACAAAACAUCGUCUGGUUUCCACUGGCAGAAGCCGAUUGGUCACAUACAGCAACAAAUCGGGCCAGUUUAUUGUUCGAAUAAAGCUUGGUUCAAGAUCAUCAUCCACUGCACCCACGGUAUCGCCUGAUUCGUUACCAUACAAGGGUGUAUUAGCAUUUCCUGAUUGCACAAUCAACAAUACCGAGCCCACGAAAAAGGAUCGAGACCAGUUCAAGCGAUUGCUUGAAAAAUCAAAGAGUUUGAUCUCGUCGCAGACUUCAACUUUGUUCAAUCGUGCUUCCUCUAUAGAUUCUGAUUCGCCGUAUAUGGUGUCCCAAAUCCGCCAAAUACGGUUCAGAGACUUCCUCAUUGACACCUGGUACUCGGCUCCGUACCCUGAAGAGUAUUCGCAAUCGUCGGUAAUUUUCAUUUGUGAACACUGUCUCAAGUAUAUGAACUCGCACAAGCUGUACAUGCGACACCAAUUGAAAAAUUGCAACAUGUCAAACCACCAUCCGCCCGGAACAGAGAUAUAUCGAGAUCCUGAGCAGCGUGUAGCGUUCUGGGAAGUUGACGGACGCAAAAACAUCAGUUACUGCCAGAACCUCUGUCUUUUGGCCAAACUAUUUCUCAAUUCCAAAACUCUCUACUAUGAUGUUGAGCCUUUCAUCUUUUACAUUCUCACGGAAAUAGAUGCAAGCGAUCCUUCCACCUACCAUUUCGUUGGUUAUUUUUCCAAAGAGAAACUCAACAACUCCGAUUACAAUGUCUCCUGCAUUCUUACGCUCCCCGUUUAUCAGCGAAAAGGUUAUGGUAACCUACUAAUAGAUUUCAGCUACUUGCUCUCGAGAAAGGAAUUCAAGUUUGGUACUCCCGAGAAACCUUUGAGUGAUUUGGGGCUAAUGAGCUACCGAAACUACUGGAAAAUCACCAUUGCACAUCAACUAAAAUUUCUAUGGGAAAAGUACUUGAAAAACAAAUCUGACUAUGUGACGAUUUCCGUGGAAAAUCUCUGCAAGCUCACAGGCAUGAUUCCAUCUGAUGUCGUUGUUGGUCUUGAACAAUUGCAUGCGCUUGUGAAGAACUUUAAUACCAAUUCUUAUGGCAUCGCCGUGAAUCUUCGAACCAUCGAUUCUGUGAUUGAAAAAUGGAAAUCCAAAAAUUAUGUCACUUUGGACUCUUCAAAGCUCUUGUGGAAACCAAUGUUGUUUGGACCUUCCGGUGGUAUCAAUUCUGCUCCGGCAAUGCUACCGCCGACUACUGCUGGUAACAAUCCAGUACACAAUAGUAUUGCCAUGCUUACAGAUUUUUUGCGAGACGACAUUAACAACCCGUACAGUUUUGAGGAAGAGUCGUUGAAGGCAAUCGAGUGUUUAAUCGAGGUCAACAAGGCAAUGGACGAAGAAGACACCGACAACUAUUUGGAGUGUUCUCCAGAUAUGACAUUCCCUAAGAGAAAACCUCCAAAGGUAUUUGAAGAGGAAGAGGAACUUCCAUUGAGCGUACCGCUUGGGGAUCCGGUCGAAACCGGGUUGAAGGAAAAUGCCGAAGUUGAAGCAGAUUCCAACUAUGAUGAAGAUGCGGAAAUCGAAGAUGAAGAAAUCGACGAAGAAACUUCGAGCCCAAUUGAAACUGAAAGAGUGUUUCGGCGGUCAAGCAGAAUCAACCUACGCAGCAAUGGUACAGUUUUAUCUCGGUGGCUGCGGCGAAGAAUACCAGUGCGUACAUCUAAACGGUUGCGCAAUGUAUGA